GAGCUGACCGAAUCCGAAUCCGAAUAUUCACCAUGUGUCGACUGGCGACUGCAGCAACAACAACCACACGGCAGAGUACAGGGCCGGUUGUUGGAGUGAUCUUCAUUUGGCAAUUACAUUUGGCCGUGUUCGGAGGUCUCCGCGGAUAAAAGCGCCAAAACAGAAGCCGAAAAAGGCCCAAGUCGCUCGCGCUGCGUGAAUCAGUUAUCAGUGGGAUUAACCGCGCGAUUCGCAUUCGAAUUCAAACGCACAUAGUGCGCAGUGUUCCAACUUCCCAGUGAUCGCCGCCUAACGGUAGAAAGGUGAAAACCCGAAUCGAAUCGAGUUGAAUCGAAGGGCAUAGCACAGUAACCACACUGCGUGGGCAAGGUCAGCUCCACGAGAUCCCAAACCCAUACCCCUACCAACGAUUUGAGAACAAGCUCGAGAACACCACAGCCCAUUGAAGUUGAGCAGGCGGUGAGGAGAAGGAGCAAGAGCAGUCGCCUCAUAUCCUGCUGUUGCAUGCGCCACUCGACGCGGACCGUCGAUAGCGAAGCUAUCCAGCUCGAAGGGGAGGCAAUCAUUGGCGAUCAGCAGGUGCCGCACCUUGCACCACUCAAGCUGUCCAGCUCCUUGCCAACCACACCGCAAUUGGGCCAACGGGUGGUGCGCGGACGGGGCUACAAGAAGCUCUCAUGGAAUGAGGAGCAGCCGCGCCGGCAGACAGGCGAACGAUCAAUGAUCGCCCGGGGCCAGGAGGCCAGGGCCAAUCCGCCGCUCACCUACCAGCAUCUCACCCACAACAAUAACAAUAUUAAUAAUAAUAAUAACAACAACAAUAACAACAACGAUGGCGAGGAGUACGAUCCCAUUGCCAAAUACUUUGCCAACACGCAGCACCAAAAGCUAUCUCCUGGCAUCGCUGCGAAAAGCUCACGGAUUCUCUGCGAGAAUUGUUGUGGCGAGAGGCAGCAACAAGUUGGCAGCUCCAUGGACCGCCAGAAGCAACAGCCACAGCAGCCUCAUCCGCAGAAGCAGAAGCGGCAACAGCAGCAACAUCAGCAGCACCAGCAGAAGCAGCAGCAGCAGCUGCCGUUUGGGGACUACGAUUCAGUGUCCGAUUUGUCGUCGUUUGGCUUUGUCUUCGAUGGGGAGGAAGUCGAUUCGACGAGGCGCGUAUUAGUCGAUGCUCAUUAUGAGGAUGCCGCUGACGACGACGAUGACGUUGUGCGGCCGCCGGUUAUAGAAAUAGAAAAGCGGCAGCCAAAUACAUCAACAACGAAAACGGAAAAAUCAACAGAGGCGGCAACAGCAACAGCAAGAGCAGCAGCAGCAACAUCAGUGGGAGACGCGUCAUCGCCAGUGUUGUCCCUGUCAUCUGAAAUCAGCGACGAGUCACCAGCCAUUUGUUGUUAUACAAUUGACAAAAAACUGUCACAGCAGCAGCAGCAGCAGCAACAGCAUCUGCAACAUUACAAUUCCUGUGCCACCGUUAGCUAUCGAAGCUAUCGCCAUCCGCCGCCAGUUCCUCCGAAACCGCGUGUCUGCGUGGAUUCCUCUGCAUCCGAUGAACCCGCUCUGAAGACCCGCCGUUUGGUCUGCCAGCAGCAACAUCAUCAUCACCCUCACCCUCAGCCACCUGCCAAUCCCACUCACUUUCCGCCUCGAAUCUAUCCGGCGAACAGCUGUUGCAUCCCCAAGGACUACCAGACCCAUGCCUUCGAGGGCAACUUCAGCAACAACAUCAACUACAAUUGCCGCUUUGGAGCGAGUGGGGAGUGCACUUGGGGAUCGCUGAAGGGGCCGCGAUCGCUCUGUUAUGAUCGACACGGUCGCCUGACCUUCGACUCCGAACCGGAACCGGAAGUGGUGGUGGCAAAGAGCAACGGAGUGCACAAGUCACUGAGUGAAUCGCGUUUGCCAGUACAAUAUUACGCAGAACCCAAAGUUCCUUACGAUCCGUACACCGAUUUGUCGCGUGUGACUGCGAAUGUUAUAAACCAGAAAAUUAGUGAUCGGAAUAGUUCGUUUUCUCUACCACUGCAGCACAAUCGUGGGUGCAAUGCACUGAACCAAGUGAGUGCUGCGAGCGAAAUCAACAAUCAGCAAACAAACCACGUCAAGCUAAACAAUAUUCUUCUGCCCUGCCACUGUAAUUUCCAUGUGGAUGCUCCAUACGAGGUUAACAAGGAGAACGGGCACACAAUGGAGAAACGACGUAAUACCCUGGACCGCUUUCAGCGCCUCGGCUUCGGGCGUAAAUCAUCACCAGCGGCAGCCGCCUCCGCGUCCACGUCCUCCUCCUCGCCGUCAUCUACUUCCGGUCCGGAGAAGCAGCGCAAGACGUCGGACCGUUCGGAGCGUCUGCGCGAGCUAACGGAACUUUUGCGGGGAGGAGGCGGCGGUGGCAGUAGUUCCCGCGCCUCGUCCACGCCCACUCCGCCACCGCCUCCGCCGCCACCGGUGCCACCACCCCGCAAGCCGCGCACAUCCCAUCUGGAGCGCCAGGAUACGGGCGCCAGCCAAACUUCGGAGUCGGAAGCGGGCAGCGCUCACCUCCGGAUGCCCAGCGAAGAAACCACCACACGUCACAGUGGAGGUGGUGGUGGUGGUGGUGGUCUCAGCACCGCUGCCCGUAUAUUUGCCUCCCUUCGGCCAAACACGAGUCUCUCCAACCUGGAGGCCUUCAUGUUGAGCAACCGCGAGAAGUCCAAGUCCCCGCCCCCACCUGCGCAGCAGAAUCACAGACCUGCGGCCAGCAGAUGCGUAGAUGCGUCGGCCACUGCCAGCAGCAGUGCCAGUUUCGAGAGCACGGCGCUAGCAUCACGGCCGGAUUCACGCAGCGCGCACAAGGCAGCCCCAUUUCGAUCCGUUUCGUUCUCGCAGAUCGACUGCAAGUCCACUCUAUCAGCUCUAAGAGAUCGCUUAAAACGGGACAAGGCCAUCGAGGCGCCCAGUCCCAGUCCGACGCACUCCAGGGAGGAGGAAGUUGCUCCUCCGGAUCCCGGUUGGGUGCGAAUACCACUCAAAAAGACCGAACUCAGUAUCAAUCUGAACUACGGACAGGAGAAGUCGCUGGAUCACGACGCCAUUCAGGAGGAGGACAUCUUUAGCAACGAAUUGGCAGCGAGUGACAGCUCAGGCAUCCUGUUCCCGGUGGCCACCGCUAGCAGUGUGAUAGCCGCACAUGCCACUAUGGAAUCGCUCACGGAUACCAUUCAGUCGGAAACCGAUUGCCUGAUCAAGGAGGAGGUGCCGCCGCCUGUACAGCCAGUAGUAGAGAUAACACCACCCGCCUCGUCAGUGAGUGGCAGUGCUCCGAAUUUGGCUACCCUGAUGGAGGAGCAGUUGCCCCUGGAGGCCCCGCCGGAUAACUUCCUGCAAACGGCCACCACCUGCGAGAUCCCAGUGCCGGUCUAUGAGUGUGCCGCCCAAGAAUGGCUGGAGACACCCGCCCAGGAAUGGGUGGAGGUGGCGCCCGAGGAAUUCGGCAUUGUUCCGGAGACCAUACAGCCACCCAUUCCGCAUGCAGCCUGCAAAAUCUCCCAGACGCCGUCCACGUUGACCACAGCCGUGAGAAGUGACCUGGUGCCCACCAUAUCCGUGAGUCGCUCCUCGGAAGAAGGCGACGAACUGGCCAAAAUCGAGGACGAGCCGCAAGUAGAGGUGGCCACCACGGCGAGGAAUACAUCAAUGGAUCGCCACAUCAGGGAGUACAGCCAAGAUGAUCUGGACCUGGCCAAUGUUGAUCUGAGGAGCUCCUUGGAGGCCAUAGCCACGCCGCGACACAGUACGGAUGAGCGGCAACGUAGACAUCUGGAUAAGUCGACCAAACGUAAGGGCAUGUACAUAGACAAUGCGGACUGGCAAGCUCCCACGGAGCCACCGCAACGUGGUCUAGCCCUGGACAUAAGUGUGGCCAAUCUGAAUGCAAUUAAACCCGAAUCUCCGGAAGCCAACACCCCUGGUGCUUCGCAAAUGUACAUCAGCAGUCCGCAGAGCUCCUAUUCCUUUGAACUAAAUACCCCCGAACUGGAGAAGGGUUCGCCAUCGUGGGGCAGUGGAGGAUUGGUACGCGACAAGGCGCAGCUGCUAAGCAACUUUAGUUGCCACAGCAGCGAGGAAAAGGACGAUGCCUCGUGUCGGAGCUUGAGCUAUCUGCGCACCGAUUCCACCUCGGAUAACGAAUGCGAUCGGGCUAUCCGGGAGCGGGAAAGGGAGCGUAUCACUUCCAGUCCCACGCCCAGCAGCGGCGACUACGACUACAAGAGGUUUUCAAAGCGACCGCUCAGAGGACCUUACGGCCAGAUGCUGGAGGCGGAGAUGAAGAAGCCCAACCGUAUGCACUUUGAAGAGAUUCUGGAGGAGCUGCGAGAGACGGACAGCUUGCACCUGCGUGGAUCAGUUCCUGGUGUGGCUGCUGGUGGAUCGGUUGGCCCUUCCCGAAAUCUGCCACAGUACUCCAAUUCAAUGCGGGUGAGAAAGACAAGUACCUUUUUGCCAGUGCCAUCUCAUGCUCGUGCGGCUUCCACGCCCUCGCAGCUGGAGCACGCCAGCAAGGGCAUCUCAGCGGCCACCGCCCAAAUCUCUGUGUCCGCCAAGAAUCUGAGUCAGGCGGAACUGGAUGACCAGGUGCACCACAUGAAGCGGGCUGCCUCCGAAGCUCCGGCUCCUAAAUCUAACCACAGCAAACGCAGCCAAUCGAUGAGCACGGAGCGUCCCAGUCAGCACCACCAUCACCAUCAUGGGCACAGCCAUGGUCAUCAUCAUGCUGGCAAGCGCAGUUUGGAUGCUGGAUCUGGCGACAAGGCUGUCAAAAAUGCCUUACUGGCUGGAGGAGCCUCGGGAUCGGGAUCAGGAGGAGGCGGAAAGGCAGGUCUGAAGCCAACGCCCGCUUUGUUGGCCGAACUACUAAAGGGUUCUAGCGAGAACAUGAUUUCUGAACAGCGGAAGAAAACAAUAGCGGACACACGCACCUAUGUGGUGCAGGAGAUCUAUCGGAAUGAGCAAUCCUACGUGGAGUCCCUGCAAACCGUCGUUGUCAAGUAUCUGAAAGUGCUCAAGGCGCCCGAACACGCCGGUAUGAUAGAUACACGCACUGUGGAUGAGAUCUUCUUCAUGGUACCCGACAUUCUCGAGAUUCACGAAAAGUUUCUGAGCGACCUGAAGAGCCGCUUGGAUGACUGGGAUGUCCAGCAGAAAGUUGGUGAUGCCUUCAUGGACACGUUCUCGAAGCUAGAGGUCCUAGAGGUCUAUACAUCCUUUGUGAACAACUGCAAUAGGGCAAAGAAUGCCAUACGCUCCAUGAAGCACCAGCGACCCUCGUUUUCCAAGUUCCUUGAGACAACCGCUCGAGAGCACAAGGGCAAGCUAACCUUAGACAAUCUGCUCAUAAAACCCGUGCAAAAGUUUCCCAACUAUGAGCUGCUCUUCCAGCGAUUGAUUAAGCACACGGAUCACGAUCAUCCAGACACGAAGCAUCUGCAGGAUGUGCUGAAGCUAGUCCACGAUAUACUGGUGCACAUCAACUGCAAGGAGCGCGAGAUCAUGGAGAAUGGACAGAGGGAGGCCACGCUUCGGGAACUAGAAGGCGUCAUCGAGGGCAUCACCGAUCUUAUAGCCCCCGAAAGGCAGUUUCUGCUUUUCGAUCUGGUCUCCAUGCCUUCGGGACAAGGAGCGCGCAAGGAUCGAGGCUUCUUCCUGUUCAACGAUUUGCUCGUCCUGACGAGCAUCAAGAAACGAAGCGGUACCAUCCGUAAGCCGAACAGCAGCAUCUGCCCGGGCACUGUGGCCACCACUUUGGACACCAAUAAGUACAAGUUCCUCACCAAGAUCUCGCUGGACUGCUUGGAGAUUGUCAAAUCCAAGGACGAGAACAUCAAGCGCAUCGUCAGCGAAAUCGAGACUUUGGCCGAAGAUUGCAAUAAGCUGCAACAAAUCACCGAUAUAACCGUCACCCUUAAAUACCCGCAUCAGUAUCUGGAGGAUGUAAUCCGCGAGCUUCACCGCGAGGUGCAGAGACAGCUCUCUGAACGCCAGACAAACGACACCCAACUAAAUAUGCUCGAGCUGACAGUCAGUUCUCCAAAUGGUAACCAGAAGCUGGCAGUGGUCUUUAGCAAGACGGAGAAGCGCACUCAGUGGGAGGAAAGCUUCAACGAGGCCAAGCAGAAGCUGGCUGCCACCCUGGAGCGGCAUCCAAUUCCCGAGUUCCUUACAUCCAUACCCAUUCGCAAGACCCGAGCUGGCCUUCAGUUCACCUGUGCGGCAGCCACACUGAGUGACAAUCGGGACGUAUGGGUGUGCAACAGCGAUGGCUAUGUGGGUCAGGUGUGCAUCAUGUCGCUGCAUCCGGAGCCGAAUGUCACCAGCUGCAAUGGCGUGUGCAAUGCCCGCAUCUUGUGCGUGGCUUCCGUGCCGGCGUACAGUUCGGCGGCCUCCAGUCGCAAUAGCAGUGGCGAGCAGCCGACAGGAUCCGGCGGCCAGGAGGAGAAGGAUAAGCGCAACACCCCACAGAGCUAUACCCAGCAGUUAAGGGACUACCGCAAGAGCAUCUCACCCAGUUUCCAAAGUGCCUCCGCAUCGGCCACGGCGACGCCCGAAAAGAAAAAGCUGACGCCGACACCUACGCCGGUGGCUGGUGGUGAACCCGCGGAUGCUGCGACCACAGGCGGCAGCGAUACUCAGCUGGAACUGAAUCUAAGCUCCAGCGACGAUGAAACAGAGGCUGCGGCCGCCUCCUUAAACGUCGCCGGGAGCACAGGAUCCACAUUAGCGGAACGGGUACCCAGUCCUGCGCCCUCAUAUCAUGGGCAUCAGGACUCAAAUCCCGAGGAGGGCGAGAGCAAUCAAUCAACCAUGUGGAUUGGCACUGAAGACGGCUGCAUCCACGUCUAUAAUAGCACUGACAAUAUUCGCAUUAAGAAAAACCGCAUCAAGAUCGAGCAUCAUUCGGCCGUCUAUUCCAUUUUGUACCUGGACAAUCGUGUGUUUGUAUCAUUAGCUAAUGGUGAUAUCUGCGUUUACCUGAGGGAUGGUGCCACCUCCUGGAAUACUUGCUCAUCGCAUUGCCUGUCCAUAGGCACGGUCACCAGUCCGGUGAAUAAGCUGUUGAACGUCAACGGCCGACUAUGGUGUUCCAUACAGGGCAUCAUCAAAGUGCUGGACGUAGAGACAUUAACAGUCGUUAAUCAAAUUCAGAUUUCAUCGGACUCGAAGCCGAUUACAAAUAUGACAGUCUCAAACAAUCAUGUCUGGAUAUCCAUUCAGAACUCAGCGCACAUUAAGUGUUUCCAUUCCAAUACCCACCAACUGGUCACUGAAGUGAAUCUCGCCCCCGCCGUAAACAAGAUGCUAUCCAAUUGCGAUGAGAUCAUCCGCCAGCACAAGGCGGCCUGCCUGCGAGUAACAUCGCUGCUAUGCUGCAAGGAUCUCAUUUGGAUUGGGACCAGUGCGGGUGUUUUGCUGACCAUACCGGCGCAGGGCUACGAAAAGGGUGCCAUAAACAUAGUGCCCACAGGCAUUCCUCAUGGUCACACUGGACACGUUCGAUUCCUCACGUUUGUGGAGACUACGGGCUUGGAGGGAGCUGCUCCUGGUGCAGGCGGAGGUCGCGAUGCAGGCAGUUCCAACAGCGAUGAGUACACCAAACAGGGGUCCAUCAAGCACUCCAAAUCCAAGUCGGAGACGAACAACACCCUGAUCAUUUCCGGCGGCGAUGGCUAUGAGGACUUCCGCAACUCCGGUGCCAACUCGCUGAGCGAGAUCGCUGGCCGCGAGGACAGCACCAACCAUCUAUUGAUAUGGCAAAUUUGAAGCAGAAGGCGUAAAAACCGCUGGAGGCUCCUGCUCUCGCGCUGGAAGAACAACAACUGAGAUCGCCUCAGUGGAUGUCCGAGGCCAGCGUUCGAAUGGAGUGACCGGCGGUUUUUAUGGGCCGAGCAUUAGUCGAGAUCGCCAGAGAUCAACAGCAGCUGCUAAGCUGGAAAUUAGUAGGAUUAGCUGACGGACUCAACGGACCGAGGGACGAACUGGACGGAUGUACAGAUGAAUUUUGAUUGACUUAUGGCUUGGCAUCUGAUGUAUUGUGUGACUCAAGACCAUCAUCACCCCAACUACUUGGCUACUCAGUACGGUGCCAAAAACAGAACCUUUACGACUCCUGCGCCAAAUCACGAUUUGGAAGGCACUUUCAAUGUACAUACAGAUCGCACCGCUGAUGGAGAUGGAAAAGAACUCGAUUCCACGGCAAAGUACGAUAGAUAUUUUUGUAUUGCUUAGCAGGCAGACUAAUUGUACAUCUAAAUCCCCCAUUCUCGUCUAAGUUUGUUUGAAUCGAACACGGGUCAAACUUAGAUCAUGAAGUUAUACUACCGACCUACAUUACAUACGCAUGGUGUUGUAAGGUGUACGAGUUAAUCCAUCUGAGAUUCGAUCCCCGCCCGCAAUCCAAGCGCAUUAAUCGAAUUUAUAAUCUACAAACCACUCAAGGGUCAUGUCACUUAUGUUCGCAUGUGUCUCCAACAAUGAGGACGCAUGCCCAUGCGAUAGGCUUUGUAAAAAUCGUAGUCUAAGCAUCUCCCUAUUUUUAUUGUAUACAUACGCGCGUAAUAUAUACAUAUACAUAUAUAUUAAUAACUAUAUCGAUAACUGAUUAAAUGGCGUUUAUAAAGUUUAUUGUAAAACCUAUUUCAUGCAAGAGAAUUGAAUUUGAAAAUUGCAAAUUUUAACAUAAAUACGAGUGAUAUUCAAGUUUUUGCUAAAGUUUUUUGGGCAUGUACAAAACGUUAAACCGACACUAAACACUCACAAGUCCCCAGCCUAAACCUAAACCUAAACACUACGUACUUAAAAAUAUACAUCUAUUUUUUCUAAUUGAAUACUAUUUGUAAGUUGUGCGCACCCAAAAUCAAGCAACUCAAGCGACCCAACAAUUUGGAGGUCGCGUCUCAAGCUCGAUCGUCUGUCUAAGGUAGAAAAUUGUAAUAAUUUAAGUAUGAAUAUUUCUAUGUUAUAGUCUGGUUGGUUAUUAAUUGUUCAGUGCAGUAUUUCAAGUGUAUGCUAAGCUCUUCCACCUACCACCAUCCACCAAUCCACUUCCACAUCCACCACCCACUUGCCACCGCCCAAAAGAAAAUCACUUAAAAACAACACACUUAACCACAACACACCGAACCACCGAGAGCGGUUUCAUCUGUUAUUUGAGUGGCUAAGCGCAUCCUACGAAAUGCAUUGAAUGCAUUUUCUCACAUUCAGUGAACAUUUGACAAUUGUUAUCCUACCUCUACGAAUACCAAGGUGUUGAACAUACAUAUAUACAUAUAUAUACUUAUAUACAUUGUACUCGAGGUAAUGCUCUCGCAGGAUCCCAAACUGGGUCAGGAUGGCAGGAGCGGGAGCAGGAACUGGAGCAGGAGCUGGAUCUGGAGCUGGAGCUACAACCGGAGGAACUCCCAAAACGAGCUGUAAUAAUAGAAUCUAAAACAAUAAUUCCCCCCUUUUGCCAAGCUGCAUUGUAAGGUUCAAUAAUAAAUUGUAAAUGUGUUAAAAAAAUUAAAUAUAUAUAUACUUGUAUGGAGGUGUAAGCAUGUAUUAUGAUUAUGUUUGUAUCAUCUACAAUAUUAAAUGGAAUCUUUAAGCCCAACUAAAA